AUGGCGCCAGAUGGUGAUCUGGGCGAUCUUUUAGCCAAGGUGCUCCCCACGGGUGCUGCCCUGACAGUCCGUCACAUCUCUUCGACUCCUUCCCCAUGUACCGCGCUGUUCGCCGCGGCGCCGGGUCAAGAAACCGAUGCCACCUUUUGCGAGAAUCAUUUCUUAUCCGUAUCCAUUGAUUCACCUAAGGAUGAUGGCGCCGAAAUCAUUGUCUUUGGAAUGGAGGUGCUGGUCUAUAAUUCCGCCCACUUGACCACCAUCUUUGUCUCCAAAGCUGAUUCCACCGGGCUCCUGCAUCUGCUUAAACUGCCCCAGAAGGUCUCGAUUCUCCGAUUGGUUUCACAUACAUUUUUGUCUUACAUAGCUCGCACACACCAACGACCCGGUGUGCGUUUGAUUGUCUCAUUAUUUGCUCGAGCACAAAAUCAAUAUAUAUUCCCAGGGAGCAUCGAAAAUGCCGAGAAACAUGUUCUUGAUGACCGCGGAUUGAUUAAGUGGUGGUGCCGGGCUGUAGAUCCCAUUUUACGCGAGAAUGAACCUGAGUCUGUUUCACAAGAGACCAAGCCUCUUGACCAAACCGUCGAGGCGGCUAAGGCUUCCGCAACUGCACACCUGAUUGUCCCUGGAUGCGACCGAUUUGAAACCCGGAACUUCUUUCCCGCUUCAGCCAAGUCUGAUGCAAAGGAUCGUCCACGAUGGCUUGCGACUUAUCCAUUGAAGCAAAUGGUUCAGAAUCCCUCAGCUCCACCACGAUGUUUAAUUCCCCGAUUUCCUGAUGACCCGAAGACACGGUUCUUGACGGAUCUGGAUGAUGAGCUUCCAGCAAGUACCGAGGGGGUAGAAUCCACCACUCAUAAUGGCCAAUGGCGCAGUGUGAAGUCUUUGGAUCAAUUCUGGGAAAUGAUGUCCUUCCGACAGGAAUGCUCUGCUGGUCGGCUCGUGGGGUUCCUUUGGCUUGUUAUAAACCCUCCAGGUCUGAUGAAUUCUACCACAAUGGCUAGUCAGACGCGUAGACCUGCUGAGGCGAAGAGCGAAUCCAAACACGAACAACCAUCCAAGGCCCUCGUCGACGAGCCACUCCCCAAGGAUAUCAAUGGAGCCACCACUGAGAAGUCUUCAGGUGAUACACUCGCGCAUUCUGACCCGCCAGCCGCAUCUUUUGACUGUCCAACCGCCGAAUUCUUAACUGAAAUUCACACAUUGGCAUCGUCUACAGACACCAAUCCCUUCUUCUGGCCUGAAGCCGGUCGAGGUGAUGUCGUUCUCAAUGAAGCAGACUAUAAGACUAUGAUGGAUGGAGUACUCGACCACUUCUAUGAUGAAAAGGAGGUCGUCGCCAGUACUAAGAGCUUUGUCGAUCAAGUAGCAUCCCUAGCUGAUCAACUCACUUGGGGCAAGCGGGUAGUUGGCACCCACUCUCCAGCAGAGACCUCUACAGAACCUACAGCGACCAACCACAUCCUGGACCUUGGUUUGGUCCGCAAGAGAAAGAAAUCCGAUGCUGCAGAGAAAAUCCUUGGUGAUUCCAGUGCCACUGUUAAUACGGAUGCGGAUGCUAGCUCGGCGCAGCCUGGUGAUCAGGAUGCCACGCAACCGACGCCAGUGCCACCAGCAUCUAUUAAUGUGCUCAGUGCUGGACUGGUCAGGAAGAAGAAGAAGACAUGA